ACUGUCCGACGAUUCGACUCGACUCCGUCCGUGUCGCUGUCGCUUGUUCGAGUUUUCCUUCGCCUUCCGUGUGUGUUGAAAACAUGAAAGCUAGCCGUGUAAAUUAAUCACCCGCCCAGAUAUUCUUGCCAUCUUGUGCUGCUCCCGGGGGAGGAAGUGCGAAUUUCCACCGUUGCGUGGCAUCGCGUUAUCGAGGAAAAGUGCUAAUCGGGUGAAAAGUCGUGGAAAGCCACUCCGCCUACAGCAGACGAUUUGCUGCAUCGCAGCAACCCUUUUUUUGCACUUUUUUUUCCUUCGAAUCGAUCCACUUUGGAGUCGGAAAGCACUUUGGCCGGGACGCAAUCGAUAAGACUGAAGAACAACAACACGCUCGGAAUUUCGGGUGCCGGACGCGGAGGAAGCGACGGACAUUUUAUCUUGCGAAAUCGAGCAAACCCCCAGCCUUCAAAAUAGACAGAUCACAGAUGCCCAGAGGUAAACGCCGGUCCACUGCCGAAAUGGGACCUAGCGAGGAUGACCGACAUUCUUCCAAGAGGCAACGCAACACCUACCAGAGCAGCCAGAGCUCGAGGAGGUACAGCAAAGUGGACGAUGCCUUCAGCCAGAAGCGGUGCAUCGCUUGGUUCCGCGAGUACACCACACCGGACGAUCCGGACACUUUGGGACCAGAAGGUAUGGAAAAGUUCUGCGAGGAUGUCGGCGUCGAGCCGGAGAACGUGGCGAUGCUCGUGCUAGCGUACAAAAUGGGCGCCAAAAAUAUGGGCUUCUUCACACAGAGCGAGUGGCUGAAGGGGCUGACGGAUCUGCAGUGCGACACGGCCGGCAAGGUCCAGUGCAAGCUCGACUACCUGCGCAACCUGCUGAACGAGUCCAACACGUUCAAAGUGAUCUACAGAUAUGCGUACGACUUUGCUAGGGACAAAGACCAACGCAGUAUGGACAUUGAAACGGCCAAGGCGAUGCUGCAGCUGCUGCUCGGCAAACACUGGCCGCUGUACGCACAAUUUGCCCAGUUCUUAGAGCAGUCCAAGUACAAAGUGAUCAACAAGGAUCAGUGGUGUAACAUCCUCGAGUUUUCCCGUACUAUCUCCAACGAUUUAAACAACUACGACGUCGAUGGAGCCUGGCCCGUGAUGCUGGACGAGUUCGUCGAAUGGUUAAGACUCGUGCGAACGCAGGCGACAAUUAGCUGAGAAUUGUACUACUAAGUGAUUGGCCAGCAACAAUCACACCCCAAAAGAACACACACACACACAACACACGUACACACACAAAAACAGCUUUUCUCGAGUCCUUGCGUCUCUUCACAAUCCAUGCGUCGUCACAAUGUAGAUUAAACCCACAGCAAAAAAAGAAGGAAAACACAACUAAUGCUGCAACAAAUCCCAAUAAUUUCAGCCCGAUUGUACCGCCAACAACUGAUAUGGAAGAAAAACAUUAUCCUUGUUUGAUGUAUACACAUUGUAUUGCUCUUUCCACUAAUGAUAAAUGUUUGUUCCAAGUAAAGAAACAAGAUGAACUAGAGAGAUUUACGAGUUUUUUCUUUUUGUUUCUCUCGAGCGCCAGUAGAAUCCGACUUUUGUUUGUCCCGUUACGAAUUAUAACAUACUUUUUAGCAUACCAAAUAGGGCACUGUCACGUCGCGUGGAACCGAUCGAGGGGUGGGAGGUUCCGAAGCGCCGCGCCGCCGUACGGACUCAACAGUUGACGGAAGGGGAGGAGAAGGAUAAUACCAACGUAUAUAAUAACUAAUACUAAAAUGGAAAGACUUGAAUAGUUUUCGGAAAGGAUGCAACACACAAAAACACACAUAUUCAGCAAAUAAUUAAAGGUUCGGGCAACAUUUUGGCUAAUCCGUAAUACUAUCUAUCAAAAAAAAAAAUCAUCUAAUAAUCAUUGAAGGCCUCCCUAUUUCAGCUAACAAGAAAAAAAAUAAGUAAAAGUUGCAUGUUAGGAGAAAUUCACGCAGUCACAAAAUUAAUUGAAAAGGUAGAAUGAAACAAAUUCCACACACAAACACACACAGAAAACAAAGAGAUUAACGUAAGAAAAGAUGGAUAAAACGGCGCGUUUUUUUACCGGAAAAAAGCAAUUGUAUUUUCAAACAACAAGACAAUUGAACUGUGAGAGGAGAUGCAUCGCAAUGAUAUAGAUAGAGUUUGGUGAAUAAAAAAAAAGUCGAAGUAAGC